AUGGCCCAAUCUUCCUCCGUCGGUACCGCCAGCAACUUGGUCGGUAACAGUAAUGUUUCUGCUGCCAGUGCCACGUCUUCCAUGGCGUCCGCCGCAUCGUCCGCCAAGUCAUCGGUGACUUCCGCCGCAUCGUCCGUUGCGUCGUCGAUGGCCUCAGGUGCCUCCUCUGCAUCCGGCUCGGCCAGCUCCAGCUCGGCCUCCAGCAGCUCGUCCAGUGGUGCCGUUGCCAACGCCGUUGCCAACCCAUUGUCUUGGAAAUACGGUGUGUUGAUGGGUGCCACCAUGUUGGGAUCCUUCGUCCUCGGCUCCGGUUUGUAA